GGCGUAGCAGAGCGUUUUGACAUGCAAAUUGCUACGGUGCACCUUAUUAUCAAAAGAGUUACAAACUUCUUAAUAGAUUUGGCUCCAUCAGUAAUCCGAUUUCCUGCUACAGAGCAAGAACGUCAAGAAAAGGCUCAAGAAUUUCAAAAUAUAUGCAAAAUUGAUGGAAUUGUGGGAUGUAUAGAUGGAACUUAUAUUCCGAUUAGAACACCUGCCAAAAAAAUUCGUCAUACAUACGUUAACAGACACGACGAAACUGCAAUUACUUUGCAAGGCAUAUGUGAUGCAAAAAAAAGAUUUAUAGAUUGUUUUACUGGAGUAUCUAGUAAAUUUCACGAUGCUCGCGUAUAUGAUAUAUCUUUUGUAAAAGAGAAGGUGUCUGCAAUGGGUGAUUAUUAUCACAUUAUUGGUGAUGCAGCUUAUCCAAUAUCUAUAAAUCUUUUAACACCAUAUAACGGACAAUUAACACCAGCGCAAACUAAUUUUAAUAAACGUUUUUGUAGAGCACGAGUUAGGAUUGAAAACGCGUUUGGAUUGUUAAAGAAUAGAUUUAGACAAUUAACGAGACUCGACAUGUGGUCUGUAACAUCAAUGUCCAAAUUUAUUAUAUCUUGUUGCGUAUUACAUAACUUAUGUAUAGAUAAAAAUAAUACGCUUGAUUACAUUGGUUAUGAAGAACUGCCGUUUCCAAUUCAGCCAAAUAUUUCCAACAAUAAUAGAAUAAGAAUGUUAGGCCAAUUGAAACGUGAUCGUAUAGCGCUUGAUUUAAUUUAA